AUGAGAUGCACAGUGAAACAGAAGAUCUACGAUGUCAUUAUUGAUAGUGAGAGCAGUGAGAAUAUUAUCUCUCGGUGCAUGGCGGAGAAAUUAGGUUUGAAGAUGGAGAAGCACCCCGCUCCUUACAAGAUCGGAUGGAUUCGUAAGGGUAAUAACGUCCAAGUUGAUGAGGUAUUAAAAACCUUUAUCUAUAAGUUCGUUGUAGUUUACUUUGAUGAUAUCCUGAUUUAUAGCCAGAGUGAGACUACGCAUCUGGACCACUUGAAGGAGGUACUGACAGUUUUGCUGGAGAACAAGUUGUACAUCAAUCUAAAAAAGUACAACUUCAUGACCAGUAGCCUUGUAUUCCUAGGCUUUGUCAUUAGUUCAGAGGGCAUCCAUGUUGAUGAAGAGAAGGUACGUGCUAUUCGAGAGUGGCCUACACCGAAGACUGUCAGUGAGGUUCGUAGUUUUCAUGGCCUAGCAACGUUCUAUAAAAUAUUUGUCAGAAAUUUUAGCAGUAUUGUAGCUCCUAUCACUGAAUGCAUAAAGAAAGGAAAGUUUAAUUGGGGAGUCGAAGCGGAUCAUAGCUUUGCAUUAAUCAAGGAGAAAUUGUCCACCGCACCAGUACUUGCACUUCUAGAAUUUCAAAAGGUGUUUGAAGUUAAUUGUGAUGCAUCCAUCCUAGGAAUUGGUGGUGUUCUAUCUUAA